AUGGCCAACCCUUCUGCUGCCUACCUCACAUCCCUUUUCUCUCUCGCCGGCCGCACGGCAGUCGUGACAGGUGCAAGCGCCGGCAUAGGCCGUGCCAUGGCCCUCUCCCUAGCCCAAGCCGGCGCCCGUCUCAUCCUCGUCGCGCGCCGCCCCGAACCCCUCGAAGAGACGGCCACCUCAUUCCGCUCAGCGGGACUCGACGCAACCCCUCUCCCGGCAGACGUGUCCGACACCCCAUCCCUCUCCAACGCCAUCGAGCGCAUCCUAUCCCUCACGUCCGGCCAGGGCCCCGACAUCCUCGUCAACGCAGCGGCCGUGAACCUCCGCCCGCCCAUGGACGACCUCACGCAGGAAGACUGGGACGCCACCAUCACCGCCAACCUGACGGCGCCUUACCGGCUCGGACAGGCCUUCGGGCCCCGGAUGGCCGCCCGGCGUCACGGCCGCAUCAUCAACGUCGUCAGCCAGCAGGCCUUCCGCGCCUACGGGAACAGCGGCGCCUACGGUGCUUCCAAGGCCGGCCUCGUCGGCCUCACCCGCAGCCAGGCCGAGGCGUGGAGCCGCCACGGCGUGCUCUGCAACGCUGUGGCCCCCGGCGUCGUGCAUACCGCCAUGACGGCCCACGUGCUGGCCGAUCCCGACAAGUCUGCCGUUCACGAGCGCCGGACCAUGAUUGGCCGGAACGGUCGCCCGGACGACUUUGCCGGCGUGGCCGUGUGGUUGGCUUCGAGGGCGAACGAGGCUGUCACGGGACAGACCAUCUUUGUUGAUGGCGGGUAUUCGGCUACCUAA